AUGGCCACUCGUCCUGACAACUCUUGGUUGGCAAACAUCCUCCACCAUGUUUUCCUGCCCCCAAAGCUUCCGGGAAGCAACGACGAGAGACGGAACGAGUGGGAAAAUUCGCUCACUCUUACCUUGAACAAUGCCCUGAGAGACUUUGGCGAUUUUGGGUGGCAAGAGUCUGAACUGGCCUCUAUUAGAUUGGCAACUCAGGCCCUCAUCCAGUUCAGGAGCCUGAACCCUGUGACCUGGAUGAUUUCAUCCAGUGAUCUCAUGGCGGUACUCAAGAAGCUCAGAAGCCAAGAGUUUGUUGUUCCGCUCUACAUUGGACGUCAAAAUGCUGGCAUCAUUGUUUACUCGAGCAAAGAGCAUAUCGUUUUCGAAACCUUUGAGCUUUCUCCGGAAAAUCAAUCCGUCUUCGCCAAUAAUGGUCGCCUCCGAAGAGACUUUCCCGCCGCCUCCGUGUCUUUACCGCGGGAUGUGCUAGACCGAAAGGGGUUCCUCAGUUCCAUUUCCGCCUUGAUCGCAGAUAUGAGCGCAAUGUCUAUACCAGAGAUGCAACCCACAAUCGUGAAGGGAAUCGAGGUCCAAGCUGAGGAUCGUGACACAACUAAGCCACACAUUGUCAGCCAGCUGUUGAUGGCUGCUUUGCGACCCUUCGGCGAAAUGCGCCGCACACGCACAAUUUGGAAGAACACACGUGAAGAAGUUAGAUAUGAGUUCGGCAACAAGUUGCCUUGGAGGCGCUCACCGGUGUGGCUGUUGAUGAGAGUCGUUCUACAGCUGACCCUCACCGAUCAGUCAGUAACUCCAUACAACGAUUGCUCGUAUAAAAAAUUCAUGGUGUACUUCAUGGCACAGCUUUUGAAGCUGUCGCUGGAGGCAGAUCGGCCCAAUGAUGAUAUUUAUAUCAUGAACGCUAAAAUCACUCGCCGCCUUCGAAAGCUUGAUGUCAAACAAGCUGAACCAUGGAUGACGCCCGUGUGUGCCAUCAUGAGAGAUGCUACCGCAAAAUUGAACGAGCGGUGGCAAGAUGUUGUGCGACAAGACCUUAGGCGUCUCAAGACUGCCAAUGUUUUCCCCUCCUCUCCCGAUCAGGAAUGCAAACUCUCGCUUCCUCAGCUUGACAGUUUUCUCCUCCAAGCCCGGCAGCGUGCAUUUAACAUGGAGACCGACACGUUCAUUCCCUCAUCCAACAUCAUGCGUUUGUCAUCAGAUAUUAUUCCAUCACCGUUUCAAGCCGAGUCCGGAGCGUAUCAGAUUUACAACCUUGCGGCAUUCGAAAACUGGGUAGCUCAGUGCCUACCUAACUGGAUCAAUAGCCACGUCAACGAUCAAAGCAGCUGCACUCAGCUAUACUACACCAUGGAGGAUUACUUUGACAUUGCCAACACUGCUUACGAGUCUCAACCGGAGGGCCAGUCCAUCAUGCUCCUCAUACUGCUGGAGCUUUGGGUUGCUUGCGAUAGGUCAGCGGUCGCCAUCUAUCCCCUUUUGCUAGAUUAUGAUCCCGAGGUGCCAGCAGAGAUCUGCUCCUCGCUUUUGCUUCGCUUCCGAAGCCAAAUGAAACGACUGUCCGUGAUUGAGAGACAUAUUUAUGAACGACGGCAAAAGGCUACACACAAACGGACUUCGAUUUUCACUGCAUUUGGGACGAAGGAAACCUUUGCUGCUCGAUUCUUCGACUCCUCCUCCCAUCACAAGAAAGUACUGGACAGAAUUGAGUCGAGAGCAAGAGAGGAAGAACAUGAAAAACGUCUCGAAUUCAGGAAAAUGAAAAAAGCCUACGAUGCUCUGAUUUUGGAAGCUGGAGUUAUGAGUCACCAAGAGACUAUGGUCACUGACUCCUAUGGUGACCAACGCAAGCAACAUGCCAACUCCUGCAAGAAGUGCUCGUUAGUCAAGCAAGCUGCUAAUAUGGAGAUCCAAAUCCACGAAUGGCCUCUACCUAGCGAUGGAAUAAAAGCUAAAUCAGUUGUAUUUGAGCUCGAGCUUCCUUCCAAUUUUCGGCAUUGGCGCGACGGUACAUAUUUCCUCCGCAAACAUGUCCUCGGACCUCGAAGCAAUCUGGGCAGUUCCAAUUCAGUUUAUUCUCAAUCCUUGAACGACUACCCGGCGCUUACCAGAUUCAGGCCGUCAGACCCGGACUAUGCCCAUCAAAGGGUAAUGCCAGCAUCGACAACCAAGCCUAAUGCUAUCACCCAUCGUUCCGGGAAGAAGAUUAGUGAGUCUCGCGAGGAUCAAGUAUGUCUCAGUAAUGGGAUGAACUGGCAUUAUUUUGACACAGAGAAUAAUAUCUUCAUCAACAACUUCGGCCCGGAUGUCCGCAUUGCUGAGGAUUGCACAUUCCUCGUCCCCCCACCCCUGAAGGAUUUUUUAUAUCGGCCAUGGAAUAGUCCGGAUGGGCCAGGCCCAAAUAAUGCCGUGGCAAGUCAAUCGCUCUGCCCUAAUCACCUCUCAUUAGAUGAGUUCAAGGCUCUGUGUUCGCUCCCUUUGGGCCACAAGAUUAUUUGGGAGAAUCUUCUCAGAGAAUUUGCCAUACCCUCAGUUGAUUGGCGCAAGGUUGAGACUGCACUCUUCGCUUUGCAAAUAUCCCACCAAACUGGCCCUUUCUCCUUUGAUUCUGAUUUGAGAUCAUCGCAUGUGGGACUUGAAGACGAAGCUUUGGUUCAGAAGUUAGUGGGCGAGAUGGGUUUGUCGCUUAACAGACUCAAUGAGAACUGGGAAUCUGUUCCAGCAGUCGCGACCCUGAUCAUGGUAACAGCUCGACUACUUUCACUCACGAAGGGCGCUUCUACCCAAAUGUGUCUCGCGUUUUUAUCCUCUUGUCGGCAUACCUGUUUCAAGUGGCUACAAACCUUGCGCGACAAAGUCUCUUCAACUCGAGGUACGAUCCCACUGCAGAGUUUGACUAGACGUAUUCUACAGGCAGCCCUAGUAUGCACACAAUCCUACGACAUUGAUGCUACCUAUCUGGAUUUGACGCUGAGAGAUUGUGAAGCUCUCUCGCAGUUCAUCCAGUGUUCUAUUGCGAUUCAAGAAUGCUUCGGUAAACACAAAGAUGAUACCAAACAAGCUGAAAAAUCUUUCCUUGAUUGCCUCAUUUUAAGAUACCGUCGUCUUUUGUUUCGCACAAAGAAGAUCCUGACGAGCCAAAUCACAUCUCAAGGAAAUAAGGGUCUUGACUCUGCUAUAGCGAAGAUAUGGCCAUCUUUUAGACGCUCGCGUGGGGACCAAUGGAUAGAACAGGCGUCAUGUUGGCUCAAGACCACUACCUCGAACCAGAAUGGCACAGUGAAGGUUCCAGUUCACUACAAUGUGAUCACAGCUGAAUUACUGGUCAAUGGUCUUCCAUUGGGUCGACUCCCUCCGAAGUACGAAGCCCACAAGGAUUAUACUAUUCUGUUCGGACGCUCGUCAGUGGACGUGAUGCCAAGUGCCGAAGCGGGUAUGAGAUUUUCAACUCGAUGCAGCAUUCAAGGACAUCAGAUUCAUCUAUGCUAUGGCCCUCACCACAAUGAUCUUAGGGUGCGCGCUUGUAAAGAAGAUACUUUGUGGGAGCUUGUCCCGUCUCGCCUAUUUGAGCAACAUUUUCCGGAGCACUUUGCUGAUAAAUAUGUCCACUGGUACAAUACGGCGAAGAAAUUUGUUGAAUUUCGACCACUCAGCCAACCCUGGAUGUCAGGCGGGUCAUCAUGGACGCUUAGCAAGCAGGAAUUCUUGUGGAUUCUUCAGAAGUCUGAUACUUGUCUCGUUGGCCCGUUCUCAAGAACUGCGAAACAGUUGCAUGAGGUGUUUCGGCCUCUCGAGAAGCCGUCUGCUGUGCACAUCUUUUUCGACAAGGCCGCAGCUUCUCUUUUGAUUAAGAUUCCCAGACUUCAACUCGAAUUUUACAUAAAUGAAGGUUCAGAAGAUAUAAUGUCCCGCCAAUAUAGAGGGAUGCGUGUUGAUCCUCAGCAAGCCAUCGGGACGCUCAUUGGACUUGCCGACAAGCUGGUUUUGGUGAAGGUCGGGGACAGCCAAAACCGCUCGGUGCUGAUUCCGGAUUGGCAACCUGAUCAUCAAAAGAAUAACAGCCACAUCAUUGUCAAAAUGCACUGUUCUGCCACAAGAAUUCAAUCAUACCAACUAAAUCAUCAUCUCCACUGUUUGACAGGAAAUGGAAGUCUGAAGAGCAAGUCAUUCCUUGCGGAACUCCAUGCCCUGACAUCUGGACUCAUUGAGGACCCGUUCACACUUCAUACCGGUACUGAGGAGGCCUUAACAAUCUUGCGAUCAGCUGGCGUCCACUCAUUCGCUUCUCUUUCCGAAGCAGAAAUGGAAAUUCUGAAGAGAAUUGCCACGUUGUCUCCUGCCCGUAGCUUCUACCCCAAGCAUCUCAGACUCAUGCAGGUGGUCGAUUGGGAUGAUCGAGGGCUAAGCCCAUUAGUGCAGCAUUUGGACUUCAGCAGACUAGUCCGCGCCUUGUUCAAUCAAGCUUCAGAAACAGCCUUCCUCUACAAGGACUUUAUCCAGCCUCCAUCAAUAGAUAGGCAGCAUGGAAGCCUAGAAGAUCGCGAAGCUAUCAGGUCCGCUUCCUUUUACAAAGCUGGAUUUGGAGCUGAGUGGCAUACGAUAGCUAAAGAUGCUCCAUACAAGGGGGCUAGGGAUAGAGAUCAAAACUCCAAGCGUGCGAAUCGAGUAUCGAAAGUAGCCGCUAUCUUCCGUGAGAGUCCUGUUAAACUUCCCUUUCAAAUCUCACAGGAUGCGGCAAGAACAAUAUAUGGAAAGCUCAGUGGUCAUCCGAUUAUCAAUCCUAAGCAAGCCGGGGUUCCAAAACUAUCAUUCGAUUCCAAGUGGGUUGGGAACGUAUGGCCUCAUCUCCGAGAGGCAUGGGGAGGGAUACAAAAGGCUUUCGAGAAAAGGAACCCCGAUGACCACUUUUUACUUUUUUCAUGGAUGGUCUCUGUCGCCUUUGCGAUGGAUAUUAACGAAUCUACGCUCAGCGUGUUAAUUGGGCUCAUGUUUUACCCCAAAAAUCGUCUGAUGGCCUUUCCACAAAAUUGCGCGUUAAAUUUAGAGGAAGGACAUCAAGUUGAUUUAGUGUGGUUGAGAAGCUGCAUCGAAUCGCAUUAUAUCGAACUUGGAAAGAGCACCAUGUUGAGCCAAGUGCAACAACUCCCUGGAGAACCCCUAAGGGACACGUUCCAGAGAACAGAGUGUUUAUUCAAGCGCCAGCGGAAGGAGUUUGCAAGCAGCUUGGAAAAACAUGUCCACCAACUAUGGCCCCGUGCGAUUUCAGAUCCGGGGAAUGUUGCCGCAGGCCAGACCUUUCUCACGGUCUCCAAAGCCAUGCAUGCGAUCCGGGCGAGGUGUCAAAGUUGGCAUAACAACCUUCUGUUUCUCCAAUCACUAGAGCAAGUGUCUGCCAAUCUGCGCUGCAUCAUUAUAAGCCCGACCAUUUUGGGGCCCAUUGAUCGGACGCCACCUCUACCAGCGGCGCGAAAUGUUCACCGAUAUAUUCAGAUCAAUGACCUUUUUGCUCUUACAAGCACAUUGAAAAUUUCUGGAAGAGAUUUUGUCGUCGAACCACCCAAUAUUAUUAUCCAGACCGAAUCAUCCAAUGAAGCGUGUCUGGUAUCGGCCUUAGGGCGCCGGAUUGCCAAUUUGGCCAAAUUGCCCCAAGAGGGCCGCUACGUCGAGCAGCUGACUGAAAGUAUUCACCAGUUGGGCCAGAAUAUAGAGCAGUCUUGUCUCACAGUUCAUGGCGAAGAACUACUCCAGGUUCUUUCUGAAUAUCGCGACAACUGCCUAACGCAGUAUAACAAUCUAUUGGAGCAGAUAAAGAAUUCACUGUCAUGGUCGGUGUCCCAAAAGGACAAUAUGUCUUCCAUGUACAUUGCUGAAGGCACGGUAACAUGGCCUUGCGUAUCGCCCAGAGAUCUUCUUGAUCAACUCAACAGACAGAAAUGGGGAACCUUCUCGGAGAAUUGGAAAGAGAUUGUUGCGAAGUUUGGUUGCUGUCUCUCGCAGCUCCAAGGUGCCGAGAGGUUGCUUCAGCUCCGCGAAAAUGAGACAAACCUCAUCAAGGAGUUGGCGAAUCUCGGAAAAAGAACAUGGAAUCCUCUUGAAUAUCCAGAUUCACUUCUACUAGAAGUAGAAGGUAAUCUGAGGAUCCGCAAGGUCCAACAAGAGAUUGCAGAAAUGAUGGAAAACCCCCCAGUUGACGAUAAGAACAAUGCCGUAAUGCAGCUGAAUAUGGGAGAGGGCAAGUCGUCUGUUAUUGUCCCAAUAGUUGCUGCUGCUCUCGCUAAUGGUUCUAACCUGGUGAGGAUCAUUGUCGGCAAACCACAGUCCCGUCAGAUGUUCGAGAUGCUGGUUUCUAAACUUGGGAGUCUAAUGGGCAGGCGUGUCUAUCACAUGCCUUUUUCGAGAAGUGUAAGGCUUACUAUUGGACAAGCAAAGUUUUUACAGCGCCAUUAUCAGGAGUGUCAACGACAGGGAGGAGUUCUACUUCUCCAACCGGAGAACAUAUUGUCCUUCCAAUUGAUGGUUUUAGAGGCAGCCAUCAACGAAGAUGUGGGGUUGUCAGAUACUUUGCUUCGGAUGAAGGCAACUUUCUUUGAUCCAUGCUCGAGGGAUAUCAUCGAUGAAAGCGACGAAAAUUUUUCGGUCAAAUUCGAAUUGAUUUACACGAUCGGAUUGCAAACCCCAAUUGAUUAUGCUCCGGAGAGGUGGGCGAUAAUCCAGCAAAUUCUUGGUCUGGUUGUUCAGUAUGCGCUCAAGAUGUCUCGGCAAUUUCCCAAGUCCGUUGAGGUCUACAUCUCGACUCAGGGUAGGAGUCCAAGGGUUCGCUUCUUGGACAAGAAGGCAUCGGAUCAAGUUCUCGGUCUUGUGGUUGGUCAUAUAUGCCAAUACGGGCUUCUCCCGGGAUUCCCAGUGUCCAGACUAAGCAAGCAAUCUCGAUUUAAUAUUCGAGAGUACAUUACUAACCCGAAGCCAAGUCUCGAGGUAGCUUCCAGUGUUGAGGGGAGUGACUUCUGGGCCAGCUCCUCUCAGAGCCUCCUUCUCAUACGAGGGCUAUUUGCUGGGUCUAUCCUUGAUUUCGUGUUCUCGAAAAAAAGAUGGAGAGUCAACUACGGCCUUGACACGACACGGGAGCCUAAUACUCGACUAGCUGUUCCUUACCGUGCCAAGGACAACCCAAGUCAACGUUCAGAGUUCAGUCAGCCCGAUGUUGUUAUUUCACUGACCUCAAUGACUUACUACUACGGGGGUCUCACGGACGAUGAACUUUUUCUUUCCCUCAGCCAUCUUUUAAAGUCUGAUCAGGCAGAUGGGGAGUACCAGAGUUGGGUACAGUCAAUCGAAAAGCUCCCAGAGGCAUUUAGACAGCUACAGGGCGUCAACAUCACUGACCGGCAGCUUUGCAUCAAUCAACUAUUCCCCCAUCUUCGGUACGGGAAAGGUGUGAUUGACUACUUUCUAUCAAAAAUUGUGUUCACAAAAGAGAUGAAAGAGUUCCCUCAUAAACUCUCGGCCUCAGGAUGGGACUUAGGCCGUAUUAAGAAGCUACCCGCCACUGGAUUCAGCGGCACAAAUGACUCGCAGCACGUGUUGCCCCUGACAGUGAAGCAGCUUGACCUUCCUGCACAAAAGCACACGAAUGCGCUUGUACUGGAUAACUUGAUGCGGCCUGAAAAUUCAGUCACUCUCCUGUCUGCACAAGACAGCCAUAGCGCAGUCUGGAGCGCCAUGCAGCUACUGGAAUUGACUGUGAAGAUGAACCCGGAGAUUCGCGUAAUCCUGGACGUGGGAGCGCAGAUCAUUGACCUCUCCAAUAUAGACGUGGCCAAAGCUUGGCUCAACCUGGUUCAAGUUAAACAAGAUAUCCAGGCGGUGGUCUUUUGCGACGACGAAGACGAGUUGUCUGUCUUGGACAGGCAAGGCCACAUUGAACGGCUCCAGACUUCUCCCUUUGCGAAGCAUCUUGAUUCGUGCCUGGUGUUUCUCGACGAGGCGCAUACCCGAGGUAUUGAUCUCCGCUUGCCACAAAGUUAUCGCGCUGCCGUGACCUUGGUGCGAAUUUGGUCAAAGACCGACUGGUACAAGCUUGGCCGUGGCCAAUCUGUCGUUUUUUAUGUGCCUGAAGAAAUCGAGACGAAAAUCAGAGCAUUAAGAACUGCCAACAGCGACAGUACUGUGGACGAGCCGAUAGCCGUCUUGGACGUUCUUGCUUGGUCCAUCUCGGAGACUUGGAUCGACAUUCGCCGGUCGUUUCCCAUCUGGGCAACGCAAGGGAACACAUUUGCACGUCAACACGAGUAUUGGGAAUCGAUGAGUAAACCUGAUGGUAAGAAGGAGAUCAACAAAGAUCUAGCAAAAAAGUUUCUCGAGAAUGAGGCGCAAACGCUCGAGCAGCGGUAUGGGCUGCAGCCUCAGGGGUCUAGUUUCAUCGACGGCUUGGCUCAGUCUCAGAACCCAAUGCUACGAGAGAUUUUUCAAAGAUAUUCCGAGUUCGGCAAUACAGAUUUGGAUUCGAGCUCGUUGCAAGAGGAACAAGAGAGAGAAUUAGCGCCGGAAGUUGAGGAGGAACGACAGAAAGAGCGUGCAAAGCCAGCAGAGCCCUUGCGGCAUAAGGUCCACCCCGAUGUGGUGGCCUUCGUGCGUACUGGAGUGAUCAAACACGCCCGCGGCGCGUUCCGUCCAUCGUUCAAGCUGUUCGAAAGAACAAGUGCCGCGGCUGAGCUACGGAUUGCUCAGUGGCCAAGCGGCCUCCUGAUCACAAAUGAUUUCGCCCUGACAGUCAAGCCAGAAGGUUCUCCCAAUUAUUCAUACAUGGAUGAUUUUCUUCGAAGCGUCCAAUGGAUUCUCACAAGUUCUGCUUUAGGGGAGAUGGUUAUGGUGGUGAUCAGUCCUUACGAGGCAAACGAGUUGCGGGAUGAGAUUGCGAAGUCGCAGGUGGUUACGCGCCACUUGUAUGGAGCGAGACAAAACCAAGGGAUUGCCCCGAUUGACAGUCUUGAUCUGUACACCCUUCCUGGCGGUGCACCUCGACAUGAGAUUCCGAAGAAGUUGAUCAUUGAGCUCAAUCUCUUUGCAGGACAGCUGUACUUUCGAUCAUUCCAAGAAUAUACCGAGAAGGCAGCCGAAGAGGGUCAGGAGAUUGCGCCGGAUGGGUUCAUUCGACGGGCGAAGCAUGACAAGACGUGCGACUUCACCGUAAGCCCAGUCAAGUUUCUCAAGGCCAUUAUCGGCAGGAUUCGGUUCAACUGCGAGGGUAUUGAGAAGACACAUCUUGGGAAGAUUUUGGAGGGAGCUUUGCUGACAGAAGAUGAUUUCCGUUGUGAGCUUUGA